UUAGCGGCCCAUCAGCUGGCGGUAAGUGUAGGAGUAGUCGUGCCACGUCUGCGGGUGCUGAGGCGUUAAUGGAGAAGUGAGAGGACCCUCAGGGCUCCGUGUCAUGCACAGUUACUGAGCGAACACCGACAUGAACCUGCUCUUACUCACCGCGCUGCUCGCCUGCGCCAGCGGAGCCCUCAUACCGGGGCCCGAGGUGCAGAUAAAGGUGCUGGAGAAGCCAUUCCUCUGCAAGAGGAAGACCAAGAAUGGUGACAUGCUGCUGGUUCACUUUGAAGGCUUCCUAGAAAAGAAUGGGACCCGUUUCCACUCCACUUACGCGGAAAACAACGGCCAACCGGUGUGGUUCACGCUCGGCAUUAAAGAAGUUAUUAAGGGCUGGGAUAAAGGCCUCAAGGAGAUGUGUGUCGGAGAAAAGCGAAAACUGGUAGUGCCACCAGCUCUUGCGUAUGGGAAAGAAGGGAAAGGUAAAAUUCCUCCAGAGAGCACUCUUAUCUUCCACAUUGACCUUAUCGAAAUCCGAAAUGGACCAAGAUCCCACGAAUCCUUCCAGCAAAUGGAUCUUAAUGAUGACUGGAAGUUAUCAAAACAAGAGGUAAAAGAAUAUUUAAAGCUUGAAUUUCAGAAGCAUGGAUCCCAAGUAAAUGACACCCAUCAUGAAGUCCUCGUGGAGAGUAUCUUUGAAAAGGAAGAUGAGGACAAUGAUGGCUACAUUUCUGCCCGAGAAUUUACAUACGUCCACGACGAGCUUUAAUGCGCAGAAUGGCUUUGU